AUUCAGCCAUCUCUCUAUUUAUUGCCUUCUCUCUCUCUAUCUCUCUCUCUCUUUCAUAAUAACCUUUCCAUCUCUCUAUCUUACAAUAAUUAAAAGGGAAAAGAGAGAAAGAAGGUUUGAAAAGGUUUUGGGUCAGAAAUGGCAGCAGAAGUGAGUUCAAUGGUGAAGAGUGGUGGUGGAGGUGGUGGUGGUGGCGGCAACCCAUCAGAAAUUCUGAUAACAAGGGACUUGCUUGGACAGUUUUCUAAAGUUAGGAACAAUAGAGAUUUGGAUCUCAAGGAUUUCCACCACCUCCAAAUGUCUCUUGAUUUGAAGACAGAGAUGAUAUACUCACAAAGAUGCAACUCUCCAAAUUCACCGUUAUCAUCAUCAUCGUCACUUGACAACAAGAGCUAUAAAAAUAGGAAAACCCAAGAGAAAGACUCUCUACCAUUGAAAUUCUUGGAAGAAAGCAGGCUAGAAUUAAAGCUCGUACCAUCUAAUGAUCAUUGCCAAAGUGUUUGCACCCUUGAUAAGGUGAGAUUUGCUCUAAAAAGAGCAGAAAAAGAAACCAUAAUCAAGAAGAGACAUCACUCACCAUCAUUACCCUCACAAGAAGAAGAGGAACACAAAGAAAAAGAAGAAGAAGAAGAAAAUUAUGAUAGUGGAGGUGGUGAGAAAGUAAAGAACAAGUGUUCUAGUAGUAGUGGGAUGUUUGCUGCUGCAUGCCCUGGCUGCUUGAUGUAUGUGAUGACAUUGAAGACAAACCCUAAAUGCCCUCGCUGCAACUCUAUUGUUCCAUCUCCAUUAUUAUCACUGAAGAAGCCCCGGAUUGACCUCAAUGCAUCACUUUGAUUUUACCAAGAGAUUAUUGUUUUCUUAAGUUUAAUUGCAAAAUAGACAAUUAUUAUAUUAUACUUUUGUUUUUCUAUUUUCUAGCCAUUAUUUUGAUUUUGUGAAUAAAAAAAAUAUCUUAUUUUAUUUUAUUUUUUCAUUGAGGGGAGGUCAAUGUUAGGAGAUAUAUGUGGGGGAGCGUGAUGAUUGUUUAUGGGUUCACAAAACUUAGUGGUGUAGUCAAUAGAAAUUAGUAAGUAUGCAUUUAUUAGAAGCUUGAGUUUUGGAUGUAUAUGAAAUAGCAUGUGACUUCAUAUUUAUUUAUCCUUGGAUGUAUAUGAUAUAGCAUAUGACUUUGAUAUAUUAUUAAUUCAUUUAUGCUUUGGCAUUGGAA